AUGAGACUUGGUACGUGCAAUCUUCUUUCCAGAUGCCCGAACUCUCCGGCCAGCGAUGAUCAUGCGCAAGAAGAUCUGACAGAGGCAUAUAGGGCAGAAGCAGGCCCAAGGGUCAUCAGCGUUCCGGGCAAUAUCUACGAGAGCUAUCAGACACCUCAAGAGGCACACAAUGCAUACGAGAAUGCGCGCCGAUCCGGCACCGUCAAAAUUGUUAACAUGUCCGCAGGAAGCAGAGCCGAUGGACUGCGCAUGCCAACCUGUGACCGACGCCCGAGGAUCCCUCACGAACAUCAUUGUGCUUUCCACGCACCAUCUUCACCUCAAUCCCGGCACAAUAUCGUGCCUAGUCAACCGUCAGGCUCUCGACCUGGUGGGCGGUCUCGCAAUGCCUCAAAUCAGGGCAGGGUCCCAAGUCCGAACGACAGGUCACUAUCUAUGUCGCGUUCGCGUGUAAGAUCAGACACAUAUCACCCCAGUCCGGGACAGAUUCGGGCCUACGAGGAGCACAGAGGAACACCUCCCCGUGACGACACGCGCCGAGGUUCCAUCUUAGCGCGACGUCCGAAUGCAUCUCGCUCAUCUGUGCACGUAGCCGGUCGCGGCGGAGCUCAUACACCAGAGUACCAUUCGACCCUCGGGGUUCAUGAUGGCCACAUGCACAGUGACACGCGUCAGCCUAACUCUCGUACCGACGACUACAACUCAGCUCGGCCUGCGGCGAUACAAACAUCUCGCCUAUCUAGCGAAGUCGAAGCACGACGUUCUCCGGGCGCUCGCAUUACUCAACGCAGUGUACCAUCUCCGGCUUCGGAGUCAGAGUCUUCCUCGCCUUUGACGAACGUGACCCAGUAUGAACCUGGGAUUAUUCCAGUCAGUCCCACACGAGUUGUACAGAGCGACCCUCACGCGACAUCAUCAUCACAUUCCCCUGACCUUCAUGUUACCCAAGACGACAGCUCUAUCUUUCGAACGGGUCAUGAUGCGCUACCUGAGCCAAGUUCUCUACUGUUUUCGAGAAUCAGCCCCAAUGCUCUACCGUCAGACAAUCCGUCACUCCCAAUCCGUCACUCUCCUUCAUACAUCAAUGCGCACGGAUCAUCUCAGUCUGCGAUGUCUCCAAGAGGACGGCAAGAGGAUGACGACAGGGUGUUCUCGGCGCACAACGGAUCCGUCCAUCCUACUAAUUUGGUGCCGACUGUGCGAUCCGAUGAAAUGCAGGACAUCAAUGAUAUCUCCACUCGUUCCCGAGCAAGAGUCUCACUGGCAAGAGAUACGAAUAACUCAUAUUUAAAUCUUGCAUUGCCCACAGACAUGGAUUGUAUCUCUGUGCACGACACAGAUUCGGAACCGGAAUCCCCGCGCGCUGUCCAAUAUAGCAUUCAAAUGACACAAGAGUCUUACAUUAGCAAUUUGUGUCCAACAUCAAUUUUUAGAUAUGAUAAACACUGGUCACCCUUGUACCCAUCUGUUGAUGCAUUGCCAGGCUUAGCUGGGCUUGUGCAACCCAGUUGUGCAGUAUAUGAUGCUGUACAUAGGAUAGAAUUAGACCCAAGAUCACCAAUAGCAAGAAGGACCAGAAUUUCCAUACUAUAG